GGGUAUUUCUUUCAACAAUAUUGGUGAUCUUGGUUCACUCGCCCGGCUAUAAAAGGAAACUUCCGGAAGUGUUUCCUCCAUUUUCAUCGGUGUUAAGAAGAUGUCACAUAGAAAGUUCAGUGCACCCCGUCAUGGGUCUAUGGGAUUUUAUCCCAAGAAGAGAUCCCAGAGGCAUCGCGGUAAAGUUAAGGCCUUCCCUAAGGACGAUCCGAAUAAACCCGUUCAUUUAACGGCUUUCGUGGGUUACAAGGCUGGUAUGACCCACGUGGUUCGUGAAGCUGAUCGUCCGGGAUCAAAGGUAAACAAGAAAGAAAUUGUGGAAGCAGUUACUGUUCUUGAAACUCCGCCCAUGAUUGUGGUUGGUGUAGUUGGGUACAUUGAAACCCCGCAUGGUCUGCGUGCUCUCACUACAGUUUGGGCUGAGCAUUUGUCUGAAGACUGUCGUAGAAGAUUCUAUAAGAACUGGUACAAGAGCAAGAAGAAGGCAUUUACAAAGGCUUCUAAAAAGUGGCAAGAUGAUCUUGGUCGUAAAUCCAUUGAGAGCGACUUGAAAAAGAUCAUUAAGUAUUGCAAGGUCGUACGAAUCAUUGCUCAUACUCAGAUGAAACUGUUGAGACAACGACAAAAGAAAGCUCACAUCAUGGAAAUUCAAUUAAAUGGUGGAACUAUUGAACAGAAGGUUCAGUGGGCACGUGAACAUCUAGAAAAGCCAGUACCUGUUAACAAUGUCUUUGCUUCGGAUGAAAUGAUCGACGUGAUUGGUGUAACAAAAGGAAAAGGAUACAAAGGUGUUACAUCGCGUUGGCACACAAAGAAAUUGCCACGUAAAACGCACAAAGGUUUGAGGAAGGUUGCUUGUAUCGGAGCUUGGCAUCCAAGCCGCGUGUCCUUCACGGUUGCACGUGCUGGUCAAAAAGGAUAUCAUCAUCGUACGGAGAUGAACAAGAAAAUCUAUAGAAUUGGGCAAGGAAUUCAUACAAAAGAUGGCAAGAUCGUGAAGAACAAUGCAUCAACGGAGUACGAUCUUACAGAAAAAACCAUAACUCCUAUGGGUGGUUUCCCUCACUAUGGUGAAGUGAAUAACGAUUUUGUUAUGAUUAAAGGAUGUUGUAUGGGACCAAAGAAACGUGUAAUCACGUUACGUAAGUCAUUGCUGGUGCACACUAAACGAGCUGCAUUGGAGAAGAUCAAUCUGAAAUUCAUUGAUACCAGCUCCAAAUUUGGACAUGGUCGCUUCCAAACAGCAGCUGACAAAGCUUCGUUCAUGGGUCAGCUUAAGAAAGAUCGAAUUCGUGAGGAACAGGCACAAGCUACAGCCUCAGCGCCUUCAGCUGCGGCUGCUCAAUAAAAUUUAUAUUGCAUAUUAUAAAAUAUA